CCCGCCGUCAAACAGCUGGGGCCCACACGGACCCAGGACCAGGACCAAACCAGGGGAGUCAGGACCCUCUUCCCACCUCCCCCCCGGAGCCAGGCACGGGGUGAUCCUGAUGUACCGAGAUGUCGCUAAGUGGUGGAACUGAGGAGGACCUGGGGGGAGAGGAUGGACUUUCAAUCGUUACAUAUGAAUCUGAUAUAGAAAAGAAACCCAAGAAGAAGAAAUCAAAUAAGCCACCCAAAUCCCCAAAAUCCCCGUAUCUCUCAAACACAUACUUGCAUCCAAAGAAGGCAGCUGUAUGGAGAUCAUUAAAGAGUACAGGGACUAUGCACAUGGAAAACCCAUCAGCCAAGGUGCCGAGAGAGAUGUGGGUGGCAUCACUUAAACAGGGUGCUGUUGUUCCCUCAGCUCUGUCCCAGUCACUGAAGUCUGAGUAUAACUCUGGAUACAGUCGGAACUCGAGCUACACAAGUACACCGGAAUAUCUGAAAGAGGCUCUUGGUAUGAAAAAGCCAAAGCAUUCCCGUUCAGCCAGUAAUGGUUAUGUCCCUGGCACUCCUGACUACAAGGAGAAAGAGGACAUGUACGAUGAGAUCAUUGAACUAAAGAAGAUGAUUCAAACUCAGAAGGCUGAGAAUUAUAUCCUGAAAACAAAGCUGAGACGAUCAGAGGAGGAAAACAGCAGAAAAGAGAAACAGAUUGACCAGCUGUUGGAUCCUUCCAAGAGUUCAGAAUAUGCCAGGAGUUUGAUUGAUAAAAAGAAUGAUACUAGCGAGAUUGUUAAUGGAUUAAAGAAGCGAAUCUAUAAAUUGGAGAAGCAGUGUAAAGAGAAAGACAGCAUAUUAAACAAACUCCAAUCUGACUUGAAGACCACUAACAUCGAAGAGAUGAAGAUUGCCACAGAGACUUAUUAUGAAGAGAUUCAGAGACUCCGACUUCUGUUGACUGAUAAUGAGCUUGCAGACAAGAAGUCAAUACCAGACAGCAGAGAAUCACAGAAACAACAGAAAGUGCUCAACUCAACCAUCCUCAGAUUAUCUAAAAGCCUUAAACACCUCCAAGAGGAGAAUAAAGCCUUGAAGGGUGACCUGGAUAAAGCAUGCCACAGCUCUUUUGCAACCAACACAGCCCAAGGUUAUAGUGAGUGGAGCAAACAGAGGCUGGUGAGAAGGCUUCUGGAGUUGGAGAAGAAAGCUGAUGAUCAGGAGCUAGCCAGCUCGCAAUCCAGGACGAAUAGUGGGGGUAUUGAACAGAAGCACAUGCAGGCUGGAUUUGCUCUGGAUCAAGUGCAGCAACAAGAGCAGCAGCAGGUCAAACAACAACAGGAGAAUGGCCGUCUCCGUGAACUAGUAAAAAAGCUGAAGGAGGAUCGCAGUCAUCUGCAGAAAGAGCUGACCGCCAGGAUUACUGAAAUUAAUCAAGUAAUUCAGGAAAAGACAGUGAUGGAAAAGGAGCUGCACAGACUUAGAAAAACUCAAGCUGACAAGCCCCCAGAAGAAUACAGGAGGGAAAUCCGCUCCCUGACAGAAAAAAUAACACAACUGGAAGCAGAGCUGGAAGAGCAUCGGAGAGUGAAACUGCACUGCAGUCACAUUGAUGAGAUAGACAGCACAAGCAAUCAAUCCAUUCUAGGUUUGGCCAGGAAUCACCGGUCUACACAGACCACUUCUGUUGGUUAUAAUGAGCAGAAACAGAAAUAUGACAGCGAACAAGCUGCAAAAACAAUCCAGAAGCACUGGCGCAGAUAUCAAAGUCAGAAAGAAGAUUCAGACCUAAAUGAGACAAUUACUAUGAUUCAAGCAUCAGCACGAGGACAUUUUGCACGGAAGAAGCUUGAGAGCACAUAUUCUAAUUCUCAAGUUUCUUACAGAAACAAUAUUCAGAAACAAUUCCCAGAAGAAGAUGAGAGGAAUGAGGCUGUUUCUGUCAUCCAGUCCUCCUUCAGGGCUCAUCUGGCUCGGAUGCAAUACCUCAGAGAGAAUGCUGAGCAAAAGAAAUCUCCAUGUGCUAGAAACACAGAAGAGACCACAAUUAGAGUGAAUAAAUCCAGCAAUGUCCAGCCAUGGUCAAAGUAUUCUGAAUACCUCAAAGACAAUAAGCAUAGUGAUGAAGAUGAAGAAGCAGAACCUUUAAAGAAGUACAAAAUCUCACCAACUAGAUUAUCAUUGUCAAGAUCCAGAAGAAACCUGCCUCAGACAUCAGCGGAAGUGGAAUCAGAUGAUUCUGAUGUGAUUGUUGCUUCGACAUCACGGCCACGGAGCCAUCUGGACUUCAACUUCUAAAAGCAGCUCAUUGUGUUUCAGGGGUCUGCCAAUCAUUCUGGAUGUGUGAAGGUGAAUGGGAGCUGGGCGUUUGUAGUGUUUAGCUUUUUAGAACUGCAGAAAUCAUGGUGUAUGGAGUGAGUUGAUUAUUAAGGAAAGGUUAAUUCUACUUUUAUAAAACAAAAUUUAAGACUGAUGAUUGAUUUUAUAAAGAGAAAAUUCAGGAAAUAAUCACAUAAACAUCUGGUGUGAAAAGAAGCUUGGUAAUAGGCUUCUUGACAAGAGAUUUGGAACCUAAUGUUGUAAAAAUAUGAGAGUCCAGACCCUGGUUUGCCCACAACCUGCCUGCUGGAGCAACUUUACAUAGAUAACUUUCUAACUGGUGACUUCUACAUAUGGCCAUCUAAAUCAGGACCAUGGAAGGUUAUAGUAGAGUUUGCAGCAAAGUGUAAACAGCAACCCCACCAAGACAGCUGAGCACUACUGGAAAAGAAGGAAACUUAGGGAGCACCUCAGAAAGGAAUUGCUCAAAAAUAUCUCCUUCUUAAGAAAAAGAUGGCAGUUUGGUGAGGGUUUCAGAAUAGACACAGCCAAUAUGGGACCCCUGUGAGCAUCGCAAGCCCCUUCUCCCUCCAAGAAGGUUGCUCCUGACACAGUUUGCUGGUCAACCCUAAGAGGAUAGCAGUAAAAUGGUCUAUCAUCAGGACCUUAAUUGCCUCCUCACCUUCAUGGAGCAAGCUGCUAAUUCCAGUGGCAACUCACCCCUGACAGGAAUUCCUGUUGUAUUCAUGAACUUUCCACUUCCCAAACCCAACAUUUGAGGUCUGUGAAUUUAAAUCAAACUUCACAAAAGCCUUUGAACCUGAAAUGUUAACUGUGAUUCUCUCUCCAAAUGAUUUUACCUGGCCUGCUGAGGGUUUCCGUCAUUUUCUCUCUUUAGGUUUACAAGAUAUACAAUAUUUUGCUUUUGUUUUAUUGAUUUAAUGUAUUUGUUUUCCAUUGCUGCCCAUAUUCUGGAAACUGCCCCUUGAAAUGGAAAUGAGCUGAUUCUCCAGCACUGAAUUUUUACCAUAAUAUUGCAUCACUUCAUCUUGAAAGAAGCAAGUCAACAGCACAAACACAGCAAUAAAAGUUGCAGAUUCCCACCUUGUACCAGCUAUUUUACCAUGGAAUCUAAUAUGAAUAAAUAUUUAAGGUCUUUGACAAAAGUGUUGCAGCUGGAAUUUCGCAGGCUGUUGCACCAAUCCUUGCACAUCCCUCCUUGUGCUGAACA